AUGGUGACAAGUCAAGGCCGGCAUGAACGGAGCUUCCGAAUCGGGAAAAAAUGCAGAGGGAGAGAGAGAGAGAGUCUGUAAUAGUAGACAAUUCAUCGUUACAGAGAGGGAAUAACCAGACAUGAUCGUUAGGUAUCAUGUCUCCAUCAAGCUCCGUGGUAUAGACAAACAAAAUAUUAACAGUAAAAUUAAAAAAAAAAAGAGGUCACAAAGAGGGGACAGAGGAGAAUAAGAGAGUUAUAGAGAAGGGCAGGGUGUUUGAUGUUGCAGUGGUGGUGGUUUUUGCCCUUGAUGGUGGGUCGUUGGAGGGUGGAUGGAUGGUGGCGGAUCUCCCAGAUGGGCACGGGAGGAGGAGAUGGCAGGGCCCCUUUCUGGUGUUCGACUCGUCGAUGCUCCGAUCCUUCUUCUUGUUUCUUUCCACAAGGCUCUGCGCGCCGAGUUUGCCGAGCUUCAUCGUCUCACGUUGUCGUCUUGGGAGAUUGGUUCUCCUAGACGAGACCUGAUAGUCGAACUACUCCGACGAUACCGGUUUCUCGAACUCGUAUACAAGUAUCAUUGUGCAGCAGAGGAUGAGGUUAUCUUUCGAGCACUGGACCUACGUGUCAGAAAUGUGGUGAAUACAUAUUCUUUUGAACAUAGAAGCUUAGAUAACCUUUUUGACUCUGUUUUCCACUGCUUGAAUACUUUGUUGGAGGGUGAUGGAACUCCUUCCAGUUCAUUUCAAGAGCUUUUGUUUUGCAGUGGCACUAUUCGGACAUCAAUUUGCCUCCAUAUGCUGAAAGAAGAAGAGCAGGUUUUCCCUUUGCUUAUGCAAUGGUUCUCUUCCAAAGAGCAGGCGUCACUUGUUUGGCAGUUCAUAAGCAGCGUUCCUAUAGUGUUUCUGGAGGAUUUUCUGCCAUGGAUGAUCUCCCAUCCUUCUUUAAAUGAACAAGAGGAUGUUGUGCUUUGCAUUGGAGAAAUUAUUCCUAAAGAAAAACUACUGCAACAGGUGGUGGCUUCCUGGCUUGGUAAGAAAAACCAACUUUUUGGGACCUCUGCUGCAGAGAAAACUGAAAAAGGAGCUUUGUUCUUUGAUAGAUUAUUGAAGUUGGAGGAAUUGGCAAAAGUAGAUUCUACUAAAAGUAUAUUAUACAUAGAAAAUUGGCAUCGGAAGGCAUCUGAUGUCUUCCAAGAUGAUGUUAAACAGCAUCCAGUUGAUAGUCUAUGCCUCUGGCAUGAUGCCAUCAGAAAUGAUUUGGAAGAAAUUCUUGCAGAAUUACUAGAAACAAGAAUUUCUAAGAAUUAUUCAACUUUAGUUUCAAUCAGUGGCCAAUUAAAGUUCCUUGCAGAUGUGCUCAUCUUCUACAGUAAUGCUUUGGAGAGAGUCUUCUUUCCAGUGUUAAAUAAGCUGUUGGACAGUCCUUUGUCUUUCUCUCAUCAACGAUUCCCAGAUGAAAGUCAAAUUGAAGAUCUUUUAGGAUUGCUGCAAAGCUUUAAUGCUCGAGAUGAAACAUCUUUGCCCAAGCUUGUGGAGAAGCUUUGCUGGCAAUUGGAAUCUUUCCUGUUGGAGAUUAGAAAACACUUAACUUUUCAAGAAACAGAGGUUUUCCCUAUUACCCGUGAGAAUUGCAACCAUGAAAUGCAGCAAUGGAUGCUAUACACAAGCCUUCGUAUGAUGCCACUUGGAUUAUUAAAAUGUGUAAUAACUUGGCUGUCAUCACAUUUGACUGGGGAUGAGUUGAAAGCAGUUCUUCAUAACAUAAAGCUGGCAGGAUCUCCUGCUGAUAAGACUUUUGUGUCCCUCUUGCAUGAGUGGGUCCGUAUUGGGUAUUCAGGUAAAACCUCUGUUGAGAUAUUCCAGGAAGAGUUGCAGGAAAUGUUAAAAAAUAGAAGUUCUUUCCUAUCCAAAAAAAUUGAGGUUACCAGGCUCACUUCUUCGUAUUUGGAUAUGCUAGCUUGCAAAAAAUCCCACCCUGGGCAGAUUAUUAAAGCAAGCUCUUCUGAUAAGACUGCGAUAAGUGCAUAUCUUAACUCCCAGACUUCUGAUGAAAAGUACAGCAUGUCGUACUCUACUGGACUAAAUCUACAGAUUUUUUUCCCUAGAGCUUUAAAUAAAUUAUUUUCCCGCUGCAAAUUUCCUGCUGAGUUGAGCGGAGCAGGUUCCAGCCUAAAUCAUGAACCCAAACCAAUUGAACACAUCUUUCUUUUUCAUAAGGCUUUAAAAAAUGAUCUAGAAUACCUUGUUAGUGGAUCUGCUAAGAUAAUUGAAAAUAUUGGGUUUCUUGUGGAAUUCCGUCAGCGUUUUCAUCUUGUAAAGUUUUUGCAUCAAAUUCACAGUGCUGCUGAAGAUGAAAUUGCAUUCCCAGCUUUGGAGGCCAAGCAAGCACUUGAAAAUAUUAGUCACUCGUACACUAUUGACCACAGAUUGGAAGAGGAGAAUUUCAAUAAUAUAUCCAUCAUUUUGGAUGAGAUAUUCGAAUUUCAUUUUUCACUUCCUUCUGCAAUGCCUAAUGCAGUGGAUGUUUCUUUACUUGAUCAGAGAAUGGUUAAGUACCACCAACUGUGUAUGAAGCUCCAUGGUAUGUGUAAAUCAAUGAAUAAAACACUAGGGGAGCAUAUCCAUCGUGAAGAAAUUGAACUUUGGCCAUUAUUUACAGAACAUUUUUCCAUUGAGGAGCAAUUAAAGAUUGUAGGUUGCAUGCUUGGAAUGACCAGAGCAGAAAGUUUGCAGGAGAUGAUACCCUGGCUAAUGGCAUCCUUAACACCAGAAGAACAACAUGCUAUGAUGUCUUUGUGGCAUAAUGCUACCAAAAAUACAAUGUUUAGUGAUUGGUUAGGGGAAUGGUGGGAAGGUGUGAAUAGAUAUGGUAUAGCCAAUGUUGUGGAGGAGUCAAAUAACUCUCCUUCUGGCACAGAAGAUCCACUGGAGGUUAUUGCAACAUAUCUGUCUAAAGAAUUUUUUGAUGAGCCUAAUGGAGGGAACCAUCAUGGUGAAGGAUUGAAGGUUCCACAGGAAGAUCCUGGUGCUGCUAAUUUUGAACCUUCUGGAACUGACAAAGGAGGUGAUAAAAGAAAAUUUCAGAAAGGAGACCUGGAUGAACAUCAAUUUCCAGAAGGCAUAAAGCUUUGUAGGGAGGAUAGGAAGCAACAAUACAAUGUUGCAUGUCAGAGUGAGAAAUCAAAUCAUAUUUUACAGGUAGAUGAGAAAUUCAAGCAUCAAGAAGAGAACAUUCUAACAAUAACUCAGGAAGGUCUGGAGGCUGCUAUAAGAAGAGUGUCGUGUGAUCCUGGUUUAAAUCCUGAGAAGAAGUCAUAUAUCAUCCAGAACCUGAUUAUGAGCCGUUGGAUUGUCAGAAAGCAGAAGUCUCAUCCACAAGCUCUCCCAAGUACUAGGGAAGAAGUUACUGGUCAAUCUCCAUCUUAUCGAGACACACUUGGAGAGACUUUUGGUUGCGAACACUACAAAAGGAACUGUAAGCUGUUUGCUGCUUGUUGCAACCAGUUAUUUACAUGCAGAUACUGCCAUGAUGAUGUGGCCGACCAUUCAAUGGAUAGAAAAUCUACAACCAAGAUGAUGUGUAUGAAAUGCUUGAAAAUUCAACCCAUCGGUCCAACAUGUUCAAACAUCUCCUGUAAUGGUUUAUCCAUGGCAAGAUAUUUCUGCAGAAUCUGCAAGUUAUUUGAUGAUGAAAGGGAAAUUUACCACUGCCCUUACUGCAAUCUAUGUCGAGUUGGGAAAGGAUUGGGUAUUGAUUAUUUUCAUUGUAUGAAUUGCAAUGCAUGUAUGUCAAAAUCCCUCGCAGUGCAUAUAUGCAGAGAGAAAUGCUUUGAAUCAAAUUGUCCAAUUUGCAAUGAGUACAUCUUCACAUCCAGUUCUCCAGUGAAGGCUCUUCCCUGUGGGCAUUUGAUGCAUUCAACUUGUUUCCAGGACUACACCCGUACUCACUAUAUCUGCCCCAUCUGUAGCAAAUCCCUGGGGGACAUGCAGGUUUAUUUUGGCAUGCUGGAUGCUUUAUUGGCUGAGGAGAAAAUCCCAGAGGAGUAUUCUGCCCAGACUCAGGUCAUACUUUGUAAUGACUGUGAGAAGAGAGGUGUUGCUCCAUUCCACUGGCUUUAUCACAAGUGCUCUCAUUGUGGUUCAUACAAUACCAGGCUUCUUUGACAGUGGGCAAAUGGAAGUGUAAAUAAAUUCUUUAUUCAAGAUGCUUGAUAAAUUUGCAAGACUACAUUUCUGACUUCGGAUUGAGUAAAAUGACUGUCUCCAUUCAAUUCCUGAAAAACAAUAUAAUAGUGGUGUUGGAGAUUAGAGGAAACUGAUUGCUUGUAUCAAAAUAAUGUAAAUUUUUGGUAAACCGUGUAAUGCUACAUCGUUCCGUUAUCUUUAUUCCUGUAACUUAUUUAGAAUUUUUCCACUAUCAAGGAAAGUUGGAGAGGUCUUGAACUC